AUGCGGAGACUUAAUUUCGAGAGGCCACAAAAUUUGCAGCAAGAUAAGGCUUAUCCGAGUGCCUUCUCAUCGGAGGAGGCUGCAGGUCUCAGCAGUUCUCUGGAGAAUAAAACAAAAGGGAAGCUUCAAAGGCAGAUUUGUCAAGUUGUUUUGGAUCAUUUUGAGAAGCAGUACACACAGGAACUGGGAGAUGCAUGGACCAGAGUCAGGGAUGUACUCACACAGCCGUUGUGCUGGCAGCAUGCUGUCCUCCUUAAUAAAUUCAGUCGGUCCUCAGAGCUGGAGAGCACUUUGUGUUUGAAGGGCUAUCAUCCUCUCUUUCAAGAAACUUUGCCUUAUUUGCCAGGAUCAUUAAAGUGUUACAUCAGUAGAACUCCUAGGAGAUUCCCAGCACAGAAACACCAGAUUGGUAAACUGAAAGAAUAUUAUCUGCUGAAUGCUGCUUCACUCUUGCCAGUGCUGGCAUUGGAGGUGAAGGAUGGGGAAGACGUUUUGGAUGUGUGUGCUGCGCCAGGGGGUAAAUCAGUAGCUAUAUUACAGUGUGCCAAUCCAGGUCAGUUUCACUGUAAUGAGUAUGAUGGUUUGAGAUCAAGAUGGUUGGAACAGACACUAGAAUCCUUCAUCCCAGAUUCUUUGAUCAACUCAAUAACUGUUUCUAAACUAGACGGCAGACAGAUUGGAGAUCUCAACCCUGAAUUAUUUGACAAGGUGUUGGUCGAUGCUCCGUGUUCAAAUGACAGAAGUUGGUUAUUCUCUUCUGAUAUUCAGCAGGCUACACUUAGGCUAAUACAAAGGAAAGAGUUAUCUUCUCUACAGUUACAGCUGCUAAGGUCUGCUGUUAAAGCAUUGCGUCCUGGUGGAUCACUGGUCUAUUCUACAUGCACUCUCUCAAAGGCAGAAAACAGCGAUGUAAUAAAUCUCAUUCUGAACUCCUGCAGUAAUGUUCUGCCCGUAGAUAUAAGUGAUAUGGCCAAAGCUGUUUCCCAGGAAUUCACUCUUCUCAGUGGUACACAGCAGCAUGAACUUUUGGUUCUCCCAGAGAAGGGGAAAACAUGGGGUCCAAUGAAGGAUGAAGAAAUGUAUCGUGCCUUGCUAACAGACCUGUCAACUCAUUUCAACUCGCUGCUGUUUCCCAAGACCCAUAUUAUAACACAUUUAUCUAACAAACCCACUCCAUUAAAGAAUAUCAAUAUACAUGUUUAGACCUAAAGACUUCCUGACCGCUCUAACCCUGUAGCAGUCUCUGUUGUUCUGAGUGUACACACUGAAAACAUUAUCUGCUGUCUACGUCAGGAAAUCCUCUGCUCUCUAGUCCUUCCCUACAGAUCCAUUGUGCUUUGCAUGGCAUAUUUCCGUUAUCAAGGCUGGCAGGUAUGUUACCAGGCUCAUAAAGGAUUUGUUAAGAAAUUACCUUGAGUCCAUUGUGUUUAAUGCAGGUAUAAACAAGUCAGCUGCGGUUUUCCUGUUACAAAGGAGAUGGCAUAAGUCAGUGCUUGAAAAAUGGAGGAAAAUACACAGCUUGUUUAUAUUUGUUAAGCAAGACAAGCCUUCCUGGGAUUGCAGCCACUGGGACCGUGACAGGGCAGCAAAACUCUGGAGCAAAUCCUUAACUGGUAUAAAUUCUCUCUGGGGACAAAUGCAACUGAUGUAAGUUAUCAUAGUUUCAGCCUGACAAUGGUAGCUGAUACCAACUAGGCAUCUGGUCCGUCCUUUAGAGGGAAAGGUUUUCCAGAACUGUAACUUGCAACAUUAAAGUUUUCACUUCAUCUCAGUUUGGCCAUUAGUUUAGGACUAUAAAUCUGAGGUGGUCUGGCAGUACAAAUGUAAGCAGUGUACUUUUUGAGGAGAAAACUGUUCACUCACUUUUCAGAGGAAUGGAAAUGAUAUUUCUUGGAUUCUCCCACAAACAAGUAAACUUUUGAGAGACAUGAAUGUACUUGUAGCUAUUAGGAAUUGGUCUGGCUAUUCAAAAGGUGCCUGAAGUGAGAACUUGGAAAACAAGACUCAAAGGAGGAAAGAGAGACAUAAGACCACAAUUAACAAGCUGUUGACUUGUCUCCCUUUUUAAAGAGAGUUCUCUCUAAUUUAUAUUGUAAGCAAGCCUACUCCUUCGUAGAAUUUUCUGAGUAGGUUCUCAAAUUAGAACAGACUUCUAUGCUUUGUUCUCAGUGAAAACUGCUGUGCAUAAGUUUGUGCAGUGCUUGCAAACAAAAUUGAAGUUUUCCAUCUAGUCUUUUUUUAUAGUUGAAUACAUAAUUUUAUCAGCUUUUAGCAUCUAGAAUGGUAAUAGAUUGCAUCUAUAAAUGUGUGUGUAUACAUAUAUGUAUAUACUGGUAUGUAUAUUCAUUGGGAGGUAUAUUAAAAUGUAGUGAGACAAAAGUAAUUUUCACUUCAAUUUCAGUGAAUAAAGCAAAUCCAUUUUCCAUCGGUCAUACUGCUCCUCUGUUGUCUGCCUCACAGAGUAGGAUUUGAAUUGUUCAAAUGAAAUUAGAAUGUCAUGGCCUUGAACUGAACAGAAACAAGAAUCAAAACAAUAUUUGUGCAGGAGAUGUCUAUGUAAUCUGUGAGACAUCUAGUGCUGUUAAUUUGUAAGUAUUGCUAAUUCAGUAGCAAUAACCUCCUGUACUAAUGCAAUUGAGCGUCAAU